GGCCAAGGUGCAUGCGCACUUCAGGCAGCCAAUAGCAAGCAGCGCGUUUGCGGGGGACUCGCAGCCGCUCCCCGGGGCGGUGGGGCGGGGUCCAGGGUCCCAAGCCUGAGCGCUCUGGAAACGGCCCUGCUGACCUAGUACCAUGCAGAACCAAGUUGGAAGAUCUUUCCACAGCCACAGCUUCAGCGUCUCUGAUUCAUGCGGGGAAACGGAGGACCAGUGGACCAGCAAGGCUAAUUGCAUUGCCUGAGGUCGCAGACGAAGUUCCAGGACAUCCAGCCAGCAGCCCAGUGAGUGGUGACCAGCAUGCCUCUGUGUCGGCGGAGAGCCACCCGGGAAGAGAGCAAAGCGGAUGGCACAGAAGCUCAGCCCAUGGUGCCCACAGAAAGCUUGACGGUGCUGCUGCACUGGGCGGGCCCUGAGGGCGGGGAGCCCUGGGUCACCUUCAGCCAGGCAUCCCUGACUGCCGAGGAGGCCUGCAUCCACAUUGCACACAAAGUCGGCAUCACUCCACCCUGCUUGAAUCUCUUUGCCCUCUACGAUGCACAGGCCAAGGUCUGGCUGCCCCCAAACCAUAUCCUGGACACAUCCCGAGAUGUAAGCCUAAAGCUAUAUUUCCGCAUGAGGUUUUACUUCCGGAACUGGCAUGGCAUGACUCCCCAGGAACCGGCUGUAUACCGGUGCGGUUUCCCAGGGGCAGAGGCUUCCUCAGAGCGGACAGAGCAGGGCGUGCAGCUCUUGGAUUCUGCCUCAUUUGAAUACCUUUUUGAGCAGGGAAAACAUGAGUUCAUGAAUGACGUAGUCUCUCUUCGGGACCUGUCUAACGAGGAAGAGAUCCACCACUUUAAGAAUGAGAGCCUGGGCAUGGCCUUUCUGCAUCUCUGCCACCUUGCUCUCUGCCGUGGUAUCCCUCUGGAGGAAAUGGCCAGAGAGAUCAGCUUCAAGAACUGCAUCCCUCGCUCCUUCCGCGAGCACAUCCGUCAGCACAACGUGCUCACGCGCCUGCGCCUCCGAAGAGUCUUCCGCCGAUUCCUGCGGGCCUUCCAGCCUGGCCACCUCUCCCAGCAGGUGGUGAUGGUUAAGUACCUGGCCACCCUGGAGCGGCUGGCUCCCCGCUUUGGCUCAGAGCGCAUCCCUGUGUGUCAUCUGGAGGUAGUGGAUCAGCCUGAGAGGGACCCCUGCUACCUCCAAAACAGUGGGCAGACUUCUGGGGACCCAGGCCCAGAGCUGGCCCCCGGGCCUCCCACCCACGAGGCGCUGGUGACAGGCACCGGAGGUAUCCAGUGGCGGCCGCUGCAGAGGCAGGAAUCUGAGAGAAGCCACAACGUAGGGAAUCCCCAAGGCCUCCGGUCUGGGAAGAAGGCCAAGGCCCCUGAGGCUGGAGAGCAGCUGGCAGAGAGUCCUGGGGAGCCAGCCUGGACCUACUUCUGUGACUUCCAGGACAUCUCCCACGUGGUGCUGAAGGACCGCCACGUGCGCAUCCACCUUCAGGACAACAAGUGCUUGUUGCUGCGCCUCUGCUCCCGGGCUGAGGCCCUGUCCUUUGUGGCCCUGGUGGAUGGCUAUUUCCGAUUGACCGCUGACUCCAGCCACUACCUGUGCCAUGAGGUGGCGCCCCCGAGGCUGGUGACCAGCAUCCAGAAUGGCAUCCACGGGCCCCUGAUGGAUCCAUUUGCGCAGGCCAAGCUGUGGCCGGAAGACGGCCUCUACCUGAUUCAGUGGAGCACCAGCCACCUGUACCGCCUGAUCCUCACUGUGGCCCAUCGAAACCCGGCUCCCAGUAGUGGCCCGAGGGGCCUGCGCCUCCGAAAAUUCCCCAUCACCCAGCAGCCCGGAGCCUUUGUGCUGGAAGGCUGGGGACGCUCCUUUGACACCAUAGGGGAACUUCGGGUGGCCUUGCAGGGCUGCUCACUGCGGGCUGGCGACGACUGUUUCCCCUUGCACCGCUGUUGCCUGCCCCGGCCAGGAGAAAUCUCCAACCUCCUGAUCAUGCGGGGGUCCAGCGCCCACACCCGCCCGCUCAACCUCAGUCAGCUCAGCUUCCACAGGGUUCACCAGGAUGAAAUCACCCAGCUGUCCCACCUGGGCCAAGGCACAAGGACCAAUGUGUAUGAGGGUCUGCUACGAGUGGGGGGCCCUGAUGAAGGCAAAGCGGACAGUGGCUGCCCCCCUGAGCCUGGUGGGAACGGUGAGCAGCAGCUUCGAGUGGUGCUUAAAGUCCUGGACCCCAGCCACCAUGGCAUCGCCUUGGCCUUCUAUGAAACAGCUAGCCUCAUGAGUCAGGUGUCACACACGCACCUGGCCUUCCUGCACGGGGUGUGCGUGCGCGGCUCAGAGAAUAUCAUUGUGACAGAGUUCGUGGAACAUGGACCCCUGGAUGUGUGGUUACGGCGACAGCGGGGCCGACUCUCCAUGACCUGGAAGAUGACUGUGGCCCAGCAGCUGGCCAGCGCCCUCAGCUACCUGGAGGACAAGAAUCUGGUUCAUGGGAAUGUAUGUGGCCGGAACAUCCUGCUGGCCCGGCUGGGGCUGGAGGAGGGUACCAGCCCCUUCAUCAAGCUAAGUGAUCCUGGUGUGGGCCAAGCCGCCCUCUCCAGGGAGGAGCGGGUGGAGCGCAUUCCCUGGACAGCUCCCGAGUGCCUGUCUGGAGGAUCCAGUAACUUGGGUACUGCCACAGACAUGUGGGGCUUCGGCGCCACCCUCCUUGAGAUCUGCUUUGACGGAGAGGCACCCCUGCAGGGCCGUAGCCCCUCUGAGAAAGAACGAUUCUACACAAAGCAGCACCAGCUGCCUGAGCCCUCAUGCCCAGAGCUGGCCACGCUCACCCGCCAGUGCCUCACCUAUGAACCAGGACAGCGGCCAUCAUUCCGCACCAUCUUGCGGGACCUCACUAGACUGCAGCCACAGAAUCUUGUGGGUGUUUCGGCCAUGAACUCAGACUCACCAGCAUCAGACCCCACUGUUUUCCACAAGCGGUACUUGAAGAAGAUCCGGGAUCUGGGCGAGGGUCAUUUUGGUAAGGUCAGCCUGUACUGCUACGAUCCAACCAAUGAUGGAACUGGCGAGAUGGUGGCCGUGAAAGCCCUUAAGGAGGGAUGUGGUCCCCAGCUCCGCUCAGGCUGGCAGCGGGAGAUCGAAAUCCUACGAACGCUGUACCAUGAACACAUUGUCAAGUACAAAGGCUGCUGUGAGGACCAAGGAGAGAAGUCUGUACAGCUGGUCAUGGAAUACGUCCCUCUGGGCAGCCUACGAGAUUACCUGCCACGGCACAGCGUAGGGCUGGCUCAGCUCCUGCUGUUCGCCCAGCAGAUCUGCGAGGGCAUGGCUUACCUGCAUGCACAGCACUACAUUCACCGAGACUUGGCUGCGCGCAACGUGCUGCUGGACAACGACAGGCUGGUCAAGAUUGGGGACUUUGGCCUAGCCAAGGCUGUGCCGGAAGGCCACGAGUACUACCGCGUGCGCGAGGACGGGGACAGCCCGGUGUUCUGGUAUGCCCCGGAAUGCCUGAAGGAGUGCAAAUUUUACUAUGCAUCCGAUGUCUGGUCCUUUGGGGUGACCCUGUAUGAGCUGUUGACAUACUGUGACUCUAGCCAGAGUCCCCCCACGAAAUUCAUCGAGCUCAUCGGGGUCACCCAAGGCCAGAUGACCGUGCUAAGGCUCACAGAGCUGUUGGAACGAGGAGAGAGGCUGCCGCGGCCUGACAGAUGUCCCUGUGAGAUCUAUCUCCUCAUGAAGAACUGCUGGGAGUCAGAAGCUUCCUUCCGGCCCACCUUCCAGAAUCUUGUGCCCAUCCUCAAGACAGCCCAGGAGAAGUACCAGGGCCAGGUGCCGUCAGUGUUCAGCGUGUGCUGACAGCCAGGAUCGGCCUCUACAUGCCCUGCUCCUCACUCUUUUCUGGAAACCCCAUCUGGGAACUAAUUUCCCUUCCUUGACCUUGAGCCUGGCUGUGACCUGAACAGAUCUUGGAUGUGCAAAGGGCCUAACUGGGAUCCCUGAGUCUUUCCAUUUUGGGUCCACACAUCUUUUCACAGUUGAAAUCCAAUGACUUCAGGAGCUGGGGAGAAACUCUUUGGCUUUGCAGGAGGCCCCAGGGCUUUGGGGUCCAGUUCAGCAAAGUAGCAUGGCAAGGCGUGCAGACAGAAUGAGACUUCAAAGGAAGCCGUAACACUCUAUCACCCCCAAACUGCCAGCCAAGCUAAAGUGUGACUGGGAGAGCCUGGGCUAGCAUGGGGAACACCACCAGCUAAAGCAGUUCCCGGUAUACAGAAGACACUCAAUGACUGAGUGUCAGAGGCUGGGAGAUUGCUCAGUCAUGAAGGGCUUACAGACGUGCUUGUCUCACAAGCAUGAGGAUGUCAGUUCAAUUCCCAGAACCCAUGUUAGCUCUAUGUGGUGAGACAUAUCAUGGGUCUCCGCACUGGGUGUGUGUGAGAUGGAGACAGGCAGCUCUAUGGGGCUCACUGGCCAGCAGCCUAGUCUAGUCAGUGAUACUUAGGCCAGUGAGAGUCCCUGCUGCAAAACAAAAUGGUGGAACAGUGCCUCAGGAAGAAUAUCUGGAGAUGCCCUCUGACCUCUGCACAAACACAUGUGCGCACGCACCUGCACAUGCAUUUGCAUAUACACACAGUAGGGCCAUUUGUCACAGAUGUGGGACUCUGCCCGUUUUACCCUUUCCUUUCUGUGUGACCUCAGGUAAAUGUCUUGACCUCUCUGGGCCUCGCAUCUCACCUAUGGGAAUGGUCAAGCUUUCUAUGUCAUAGGACUGGUAAAGAGAGCUAAUGAUGGCUUGCAUUUAAAUUGCUUAGGAGAGAGACACAGAUAAGUGGUUAAUAAAGUUUUUGUUUAUUA